UUAGUAAUCUGUCUUGUUGCCUGGAGAUAAGUAAAAUGGAGUCGGAAAUCGCCUUUAAAGUCUUUCUCUGUCAGCCAUGUUGGCUCAACCCGAACUGUCAUAAGAUGUUAAGAGACGUAUGACGCAGGGCCACCUUGAUCCAAAAUGUCGUCAGCUGCGUCCUAACCCGAGAUAAGGACGUAACGUACUCUACCCAGCGCCUGGUAUCUGUGACGCUAUUGCGGCGGCGCUUCAGAGCUCGAGCUCGUAACGGCAGCGGCGAGAGAAGUCAUCGCUUCUCCUGCUGCUAUUUAGCACACUGCGUAGGGUUACAGCAGGUUGAGCCUGGAACCAGCUGUCCUCCAAGAUGAACCCUUAUGAGUGAAAGUAGCCUAUUCAAUAAAAGCCAUGCCUGAAGAUUAGAGCCACCUUUUGCUUACAGCAAUACGAAUAUACAGAGGAUUCUACAUGAUUCUUCAUGUAGACCUUCCUGUGUUUGUCCUGCUGGGUUGAGUCCUUCCUCUCCUACUAUAAUAUCAGCUCUCACCCAUUCAUACCGCUCCCUCUUGCACUUUCGUGUCCACCUGGCAACAUGUGUCUUCAUUUGAGAAUGGCUCCAACCUAGUCUCCUGCAUCCAAUGAGUGGAGAGUCAGACGGCCCUGCUCCUGAAAGAGUCUUGCGGGCCUUCCCUUUGUCAGACCCUGCGUCCUCCUCAGAGAUGUCCUCACUGCAGUCACUAGGGCCAGUGCAGAGCUGGCUGGGUCAGGAGCUGGAGAAAUUUGGCAUAGAUGCAAUGAUCUACACACGUUAUGUCCUUAGCCUGCUUUUGCACGACAACUACGACUAUGAUCUGCAGGACCAGGAAAAUGACAUCUUCCUGGGCUGGGAGAAGGGAACAGGGAAGAAAUGGGGGAAGAGCAAGAGGAAGGGAGGGACUGACCUUACUCUUGAAGAGAUGAAGAAACAAGCUGCUGUGCAAUGUUUGCGUUCAGCAUCUGAUGAAAAUUCUGGAAUUGAAAGCUUGGUCGAGGAGCUGUGUUCUAAACUCAAGGAUAUUCAAAACAAACAGAAAGAAAAAGAAAAGCAAGGAAAUAAAAAAUCUGAUGCGUCUCCGUCUCCUGAACCAGAUGAAUCAUUUUCUUCUAAGGACCAGGUUGAGAUGUACUAUGAAGCUUUUCCACCUCUCUCAGAAAAAUCAGUUUGUCUCCAAGAAAUUAUGACUGUGUGGAACAAAGCUAAAACCUGCACAUAUUCCAGCUCAUCAUCAUCUGCUGUCCCUCAAACAAGCACAGACACAUCCUCUCCAAAAGACUGCACCAGCGAAGGUGAAGCUUUUAAAGACCGAAAAGUUGAUGCACCCAGUACCAACACCACAAUCAGCGAGAGGGCCCAGCAGCGACGCACAAAGAGGGAGAAGGAAAACCGAUUCCAUGGAAGCGCAACAGGAGUGUGUGAUGAUCAGGUUGCUCCUCAUAGUAAGAGACAGGCGAGACACCGGUCUGAGGGGAGGUUUCGUCCCAGAUCAUGGUCCUCUGGCUCUAGUGAGGCUGGCUCAAGCUCCAGUGGUAACCAGGGUGACCAGACCCCUAGUUGCAAAGCAGUGCGCAUAAGACACAAGUCUAGAGAGGUCAGCAGCAGAAAGAAAAGAGGCCGCAGUGGUGGCGGACAGGUCAAACUGGCCCUAAAAGUCAUCGACAAAGAAGAGCGGAAAAAUGCACGUGGCAGCAUAAGUACCACUGGAGGCCCACCUAAGCAACAGCAGCACUACAUGAAAAAAGGCAAAAGACCUCUGAGGGAGAUCCGCAAAGAUGCUAAUCUGGCUGAGGCACAGGAGUUAGGAGGAGAGGCCAAUAAAAAGGAAUAUGUGGAAGAGCCACUUUGGUAUACAGAGCCCAUCUCAGAGUACUUUGUCCCUCUAAGUAGAAGUAAAUUGGAGACAAAGUAUCGGAGUAAAGAAGACUCUUCCAGUGACUUAGCUAUGUCCAUUGAUGUUGACUGUCUGUCGGAGAGAAUUCAAGGGAUCUGCAUUGCUAAUUCUUGUUUUCAAAGGGCAUACCUUCCAGCAGGCACUUUUGUGGAUGGUCACUUCAUUGAAGUGCCUGGUGAAGGUGACGAAGAGGCUCCUGAACUGAAUGGGAUUCCAAGCUGCCCUCCUCCUGAAGAUGGUCAAAAUUUAGAUGACGAGCAUCUGUCUGAAUUCACUCACUUCUAUGAAGUUGAUUUUUACCAAUCCAUAUUGGAUCCUAGUGCCUCAGAUGCGGUACAAGAAAGCCGAAUCUUGAACAUGAUUCGGCAGAAGAGCAUUGAGCGAAAACACUUUGAAGCAGGAUGUGUAGUUUUAGAUGGCCUUGAGCUGCAAGGGGAAAGUGCAAUAAGGGUUGAUUCUCUGGGAGCCUCAGAAGCAGAUGUUUCUAUCACACAAGAUAUGGAAAAUAUUGCCCAAGUCUGGGAGUGCUGUUCAUCAUCUAGCUUGGAAGAUUUGGAAGGAGAAAGCUGUCCAGGUGACUCUCCGGUCAGGCUCUCCUGUCUGUCUGGAGCUUUUGUAGGGCAUGAUCUCCAAGAGGCCAGCAGUAGCAUCUCUGCCCUAAACUCCUGUUUUCCGCUUUUUGAGUUGCAGUACGAUAGCCCUACCUUUUCUUUUCCCUGCGACUCUCUUGCGGAGGGUCAGGACAAUGUAGAUUCAAGUAGCUGUUUAGAUCCACAAGGAAACAAACAAUCCCGUUUGCUAAUUUGGACCAAAAACAGUGCCUUUGAAGAAACGGAACACUGCUCUAACUUAUCAACGAGGACCUGUAGUCCCUGGUCCCACUCAGAGGAGACCCGGUCAGAUAGUGAACAGAUCAGUGCUCUAGCAGAUGAGUCUGCUCAGUUUGGCAGUGAAGAGGUCAGCUGUAUCUCCCUUAUUCCACCUUUAUGCCUAGAAGAAGAGCUUUUAGAUUUCUUUCAAGAGAACUCCAGUCACCAGCAGGAAGAAACAAGUGUAGGCACAGAGCCCAACCAGCCCUUCAAUAAGAAAUCGAAAUUGGAGUCUGUUUGUGGCAUAGCAUUAGAGCAGGAUGAGAGUAAACUCUAUAAUGCUGUUGUGUUUUCAGAUGUCCCCAAUCAACAAAGUGAUGAAUACACCUCAGGGAUAAUUAAAGACAUUUGGAUGGCAAUUGGAGACAGAGACUGUGUCUUAACACUCGGGGUAAAGAAUACAGGGGAGCACUUGUUUUCAGAUUCUACCAGCUACCAUUGCAGCUGUCUUGACAAGGAUGUAAAAGGUGAAAUUAUUCAAAAGAAAGCUGUGCAGUGUUCGGAGUAUCAUCUUUGGGAUGGGCAGAAAGAGAACGAGGGACUUCCUAAAACCAAGCUCUCUAAAAUGAAUGAUGGGGAUUACACGACACCGGCCAAGCCCUGGAAUUGUAAUUCACAGGACAGCACCUCCUUUAUCCUCGGUGGGGUUUAUGGAGAACUGAAGACUCUAAGUGGCGACAGAGAAUGGGCUAUGAUUCCACCCGGUGAUGCUUGUGGCAGUUUGUUGCAGUGUGCAGCAGCCACAUCUUCUGACAUGGUAACCAUUGCAGGAGCGGAUGUGUUUAUGAACACGAGCAGUUGCUUUGCUCCUGGCCACAAGCCAUUGUGGAGACCUCUGGUGUCCCUUGGUCAAAAUGAGCAGGCUACCAAGGGACCCGGGGAUGGUUUGAAUAAGGGAUUUUCUGUUGUCUUCCAUGAAGAUUUACUGGGAUCGUGUGGAGGCUUCCGUGGAGAAGAGUCAGCACUGGAUUACGCGUUUUCAUCCUUUGAUCUGAACAACCCUUUUUCCCAGGUCCUGCAUGUGGAGUGCUCUUUUGAGCCAGAGGAUAUGGCCUCGUUCAGCCCGGGAUUCAAGCCAAAAUCCAUUUUAUGCUCUGACAAUGAGCCCUUUUGCCCUUGGUUAUAUGGCAUCAACCGGACUCAAUAUCGGGCCAUUCGAAUUUCCCCAAGGACUCAUUUCCGGCCAAUAUCUGCCUCUGAACUUUCUCCAGGCGGGUGCAGUGAGUCAGAUGUAGAGUCUGAGAAAGAGGAAGCGAGUCUUCCAGUUGGUCAGGCAGACCUCUUUGAUGACCCACAGGCUGACCUCAAGCCUCUCGAGGAGGACGCAGAGUGCGAGGGCCCUUACUAUGGGAAAUCUGAGUUGGAGUCUGGGAAGUUCCUACCCAGAUUAAAGAAGUCUGGCAUGGAGAAGAGUGCCCAGACAUCACUCGAUUCACAGGAGGGUGGGAGCACCCUUCUGCCAAUUACUGAACAAGAGAUUUGCGUACAUUGUGAGACGGCAGCGGUUUCGGUGCCAUGUUCUCAUGUUCAGUCCUCUGUUCUUCAACAAGAGGAAUCUAGCAGAGAGGCAGAGUCACGCAAAUGCGCUGCUACUGAUCAGAUUCCAAAAAGUUCCAAAAGUGGGAAGUUGCUUGAUGUUGCUCAAGAUAUGCAGGAGGAAGCAGUCAUGUAUGAUUCUUCUGCUGAGCGUGGAGGUAUACCAAUGCUGAUUUCCUCCUAUCACUUUCAACUAAAAUGCAGAGGAAGGAUAGGGGGACCCUUACAAGAACAGUGAGCCCAGGGCCCACAGUGGGCUCUUUCCUUACCAUGCUGUCCUAAGCCCUGUUAUUCCUCAGCCAUUUCAUCUAAAACGGCGUAUCAUCGAGAGGAAAACAUGGCAGUAGGUUGAACGUACAGUUAGAUGAUUCUGGUCAACAGCAUUUAUUAUAGACUUGUUUUCAGUCUGGUAAUUCCAAGGUUGAUCACUUUUGAAAAGAAUAAAAAAGGCAUAGUUAAGUAUUAAGAUUGUUCUUUAAUUUACCCCUUAUAGAUUUUAGCUUCACUUUUAUGUUUGAUCUAGGAUACACUAUAACUGUGGUCCUACUGAUUGUGCAUGUGCUUGUGAACCUAGUCUCAGUCCUUCUAAUAGUCUAAGUUUCUGUGACCGAACUAUGAAUACUCAGAAGUCAGGUUGAAAGCACUACGAAUGCGACACCCCCUUCCCUAAUCAGAUAAUUUAGCAUUUUGUCUUAUUUUUUUCAUUUUUUAUGAAUUGUAGAGGAUAGAGUUGUGUGAGGUUUGGUGUGUUGAAAGAAAAAGUGCUUUUGCCACCCCACCCCCCCACUUUUGUUCUGUUACAUCAAUAAUUUGUUGAUGUUCCACUUUAGUUCAAUGCUGCUUUGAAAACAUCUUAAAGAAAUAAAGCAGGGUAAUAUGUUGAAGGUGUCAUAAUACAAUAAGCAAACUUAAAAAAAAAAAAAAAAAAAAAAAAAAGGCUAAAUGAAGAAAUUUAUCCUUGUCCUUGAAACUGGAAGUUGCUUUCUUUGCUUAAGUUUCCCAUUUAAUUCAGACAUUGUGAUAAAUGUUUACAAUUUGCUAGGUUAAAAGAUUAUAAUUAAAAUUUAAUACAUUUUUCAGAUGGUUUGAUUUAUUAAGUUACCUUUCAUAAAAGUUAUUUUUGGAGAGAGUUGUGGUGUCAAAUGACAGUUUACAUUUCCUGAAUACAAGUAUAGUAAGAUAUCUGAGGAAAAAAAAACAUGUAAAAUACAAAUGCUGCAGAUAAAGGCUACAAGGGAAUUAAAAAUUAAAAGGGGGGAGGGGGAUAGGUCACUGAAUAUUUUGACCCAACUAUACAAUUUCAUUUAAGUUGUUUCUAAGUCUUUAAAAACUAUUACUCCUUACAGCUGAUCAUAUAUAUGAUCGGUUGCAACAUCAUUUUAUGUAUUGUUUCUUUAAGUUUAGUUUAAGUUUUGUGCAUUUUAGUGAAAUUUCUUCCCCUUCUUUACCCAACAAAAUUGUGACUACUGAUUAUCCAUAAUAUGGCUUGAUUGUUUUAGUUUUUUGUUUUACAUGAAAAGAAUUGAGUGUUUCCAGUAAUGGCAGUCGAUUGCUUGCUUGAAGGUUUAUUCAUUUCAUGUACUUUUCCUUUUACUUGUUUCAGAAAUAUGUGGCUGUGUCAUUGUGUGCUGAUGUCAUAUGGCAUGGGCAGUGCCUAGUAAGACCUCAAAUGAAGAGGGAUAUACAAAAGCAAUGUAGUAUUUUAGCACACCAUAACUCUACAACCUUUUUGUGUUAAAAAAUACAUAGGGGUUAUUUGUGACAAACGAAAUGACCCCCCAUGAAUAAGGCCCAAAUUACUUUUCCUAUAAAGUCUGGCAAGUCGCUUGCCUAUAUAACUUUUUGUGGCUGUGGAAUGAGAGGUGGUAGGGGUAUGGUGUUCAUAAUGCAAAAUCCAGCCCAACAUAAAUAAUAUUUGCUCUAAUACCAUCUUAUCAGCUCAUUUUGGUCUUCUAAUGGAUGUCUAGCCUGCCAUCUGCUAGCUUUAAUCUAGCCUGGAUGGGGAUUUUCCCUCAUUUCAUUGUUUUGUUACAGAUGUUAGCAUGAGAAAUUACUAUAUGUAUGCUACAUCAGCAGAGUGUAAAUUGUGAAGAAGUGUGAAUUUGGGAUUUUUUUUUUUUUUUUUUUGGAGCACCCUCAAUACUUUGUUUAUCUUAGUUGAAAAAUGUGUGCAUUCUUUUUCUGUACCACUUUUGUGGGAAAUUUGGUUAAAAGCAUUAUUGUUGUAUAUUUUAAGGGGGAAUUUGAAUGUGGUAAUGAAAUAGAAAAUGAUAUCACCCCACUCAACAAUGACCAACAGAUACCUUUGAAAAACUUUUCCUUAAUUGGCCACAAGGAUUUAAGUUUUUAAACUUUCUCUGGCAUCAAAUUAGAGAAGAAAAAAAAAAAAAAAAAGGAAAACAAUUUAAAAUGUUCUUAUUCCCCUUUACAAGUGAACAGGUUUUAGUUGACUUGUUCUGAGAUACAUUUUAGGGGUAAAUAUUGAUCUUGACGGUAAGAUCUAUAGAGUAUUUUAUGUAUUGGUGCUAAUGUUCAUACACUACAGCAAAGAUGUAAUCUUCAAAUGUGUGUAAGAAAAAGGGCCACAAACUUAGUCUUUCUCAAAGAUUUGUGCUUAUUUUAACAGAAGCAGGUUGGGCCUUGUUCUUGAGACUAGCUCAAGACCUUUGUUUGUUAAAGUGUGUAAUCUAAGACUGUAUGGAAAAGGCUGUAGACCAUAACCUUGGAGAGAUGAUUUUGUAUGACCCAGUUUGAAACCGUUUGUUUGUGUUUCACCACAUUAUUUCCUAAUUGUGGUUGUGGGAGUUUGAUUAUUGUUUUACAAAGAUCAUACAUAUCCAGUUCAUUGAAAUGUAUAGUGAUAGAAACAGAGUGUGAAGGCACAAAAUUAUUUUACUGUAUGCUAUAACUGGGUACAGCAGUGCAUAUAGACACCUUUAUUGGAUUUGUAUUUAGUUGACGAAUAACAUGUUGCAAUUCAGUUUAAUUUUUCCAUUUUAAAAUACUGACAGAUUCCAAAAUGCAAUUACAUAUUGUUUGGCAUUACUUUCUCUACAACCCAACUAAUUGCCAUCAUCCAGAAUUGUUACUUGUAUUAGUUGGGUUUAUGUUCAUUAAGAAACUUGUUUAUGGUGGGUGGGUGACAGAGGACAAAAGCAAUUUAGAUUUAAGCAUUUUAAGAAAAUGCAUACUUGUAAUACAUUUGUGUGACAGUCAAAUAUUAAAGAACAUCAUAGACCGGUUACUUACAGUUAAAGAACUUUGAAAUGGUUCCUCUCGUAGUUUGAACAGACUCAUUUUAAAAUGGAAAAGAGUGAUUUGAUGUUUUGGUUCAUCUUUUAACUCUGUGUGAGGUGAUAUGGUUGCCGGAGAAAGACCCGAGUACUCAUGUCUAUGGGAGACUGAAAAUUGCAUUAUUUGCAUUUUUUUUUUCUAAGGUUUUGGUUUGGUAAUUACUUUUGGAGAGGAUGACUUUCAAGUUCUUAGAGGUUUAAGUUUUGCAAUGUUGUAUAACUUUUAAAGCAAAACUCUCUUCUUAUUGCAGCGGCUUUUUAAUUGGAGCCCAGCCCUGUAUUUUUCCUCUGAAUACCUGAUGAAAGUCACCAAACCCCAACACAAAGUUGCAAGGUUGCAUUGUUCUAAUGCCAUGUACAUCUGAGUACAUCGUUUUGUUUCAUUGUGAAGUUUCUAAACCUUUAAUAAACAUUCAAAAUAAACUUAAAAAAAAA